UGUGGCUCCUCCCAUGGAGAAGGUGUCAGCAUAGCCCCAGUAUAAAACAAAUAAUGAAUCUUUUCUGGGGUGUGAAAACUCAAACCAGUGCCAUCCGAUGGUUCACUCUGACAGUACGGUACAGUGCGGCAUACUUGCUUUGUUUUUGAUUUGUUGGUCACUUUACUCUGCCUUGUGUUAGAUUUUGAAAUGUGCUUAGUAUGUUGCAGAUCACCUCGUAUCAAAUGUAAGACACUUGGUGGUCUAUUGUCUUCCUGUAGGCUUUCUGAAACAAUAUUUGCAUUCGGACUCUGGCACACAUGCAAGAAAUGAUCUUUCUGAUCUCAAAAUAUAGUUUACAUCUAUUCUUUUCACUUGCGUUACUGAAAAAUCUAAUCUUAAUGGUCUGUCAUUUGAAAAAAGAUAUUUCAUUUUGAACAUGCAACCCAUCCAGUGUUUUAGUUCAGUAUUACCAUGGUCUUUGUAGUGUGAGACGGGUUGACGUGUGACUGACCACGUGCCUCUAGUUUGUAAGAUUGGUUAUCUAGCUCUGUUCAGACAGAAUGGCACUGGACCGACCUACCUCUCUCAAGGUUAGAUUAGGAACCCAGCAGAACAUGAGAGGUUUAUACUCAGGAAAUAAGGGUGCUUAAUUCAACCUUACUUCUUUCUAACCACUGCCUAUGUAUUAUAGUUGUGUGAUAUUCAUAGACCUUCCUAGUAUAUGGAUGCCACCUCAAACGAUGCUCUGUGAGUGUCCUUUGAGUAGCCAGGGAAGAGUACCAGUCAGUUUUUCCUAUCUUGCCAACUCUUAAUGGAAUUGUCACACCAAAGUCAUGUUUACCUUGACAAUAACAGCCAUGGAGUUGGCAAGAGCUCCUGAAACCUGAAACCCCACCUCUUUAAGGAAUACCUAGGAUAGGAUAAGUAAUCCUUCUCACCCCCCCCCCCUUUAAGAUUUAGAUGCACUAUUGUAAAGUGACUGUUCUACUGGAUGUCAUAAGGUGAAUGCACCAAUUUGUAAGUCGCUCUGGAUAAGAGCGUCUGCUAAAUGACUUAAAAUGUAAAUUAAAGACAAAUUUUUGAGCAAUGUUAUGUCAUUUUAUCAAUGCAAUGUAAUCUCUCAUUCACACCUCAGUGCAGCUGCAUGGAUACUAGCAUCAAUUCUUGGCCUGUCUAACUAACCCCAGAUUGGCUGAAACCAUGCAACAAGAGCGCCCACGCUAUGUGAUCAACAGGCCAGCCUACUCCCUCCCAGACUUUGAUGGGGAGUUUGACAAGAAGAAACGGACCUUCCCCAUAGGAGAGAAAGUGAAGAAAUGCUUCAGGUGCUCUGGGUCUCGACUCAAGUCCCUGCUGUUCAGACACCUGCCUAUCCUGAGCUGGCUGCCCAAGUACAAGGUGAAGGAGAACCUGCUGUGUGAUGUCAUUAGCGGGGUCAGCGCAGGCACCAUUCAGGUUCCUCAGGGCAUGGCGUUUGCUCUGCUGGCUAACCUGCCUCCUGUCAAUGGCCUCUACUCCUCCUUCUUUCCUCUCAUCCCCUACUUCUUCAUGGGCACUGCUCACCAAAUGGUCCCAGGUACUUUUGCUGUGCUCAGUAUAAUGGUGGGAAUGGUGUGUCUGAGUCUGGCCCCUGAGUCUGACUUCAGCCACUUCAAUGCCACCCUCAAUGCUACACUAGUGGAUGAGGACAGGAUGAACGAGGUUCGACUGGGCAUCUCUGGAACACUGGCCUGUCUCACUGCCAUCAUCCAGAUGGGACUGGGCCUAAUGCAGUUUGGCUUCGUGGCCAUCUACUUGUCUGAGUCGUUCAUCAGGGGCUUCAUGACGGCUGCAGGCCUGCAGAUCCUCAUCUCUGUACUGAAGUACAUCUUUGGUAUUAAAGUACCUCCCUACAGUGGACCACUUGCAACCAUAUAUACUCUAAAAGAUAUUUUUUAUGGCCUGCCUGACACCAACAUAGCCUCGCUGGUCUUUGCUCUGGUCAGUAGUGUGGUACUCAUCACAGUGAAGGAGCUGAGUGCACGCUUCCGUCACAAACUGCCUUUCCCCAUCCCCAUGGAGAUCAUUGUUGUGGUAGUGGCCACAGCCAUAUCAGGUCCCCUGGACCUGCCUGAGAAGUAUCACAUGGACAUAGUGGGAGAAAUUCCCCUAGGAUUUCCUGCUCCGAUCCUCCCAACAGUGAUUCAGUGGGAUGACAUGCUGAGCACAGCCUUCUCCCUAGCUAUCGUGGGCUAUGUGAUCAACCUGGCUAUGGGCAGGACACUGGCAGCAAAGCAUGGCUACGAUGUGGAUCCCAACCAGGAGAUGUUGGCUCUGGGCUGCAGUAACUUCUUGGGGUCUUUCUUCAAGAUCCAUGUGAUCUGCUGUGCUCUGUCUGUCACCUUGGCGGUAGACAAUGCUGGGGGAACAUCACAGUUUGCCAGUCUGUGUGUGAUGCUGGUGGUCAUGGUCACCAUGCUGGCCUUGGGGGCUUUCCUCAAACCACUACCAAAGUCUGUGCUGGGAGCCCUGAUAGCGAUCAACCUGAAGAACACUCUGCUGCAACUCUCUGACCCAUAUUACCUCUGGAAGAAGAGCAAACUGGACUGUUGUGUGUGGGUGGUGUCCUUUUUAGCCACCUUCUUCCUGAGUUUGCCUUAUGGAGUUGCCAUUGGAGUCAGCUUCUCCGUCCUCGUGGUUAUUUUCCAGACCCAGUUUCGAAAUGGUUCAGAGAUGGCUCAGAUCAUGGACACAGAUCUCUACAAAAAUCCCAAGAUUUACAGCAAGGUGAAAUGUGUAGAGGGGGUGAAAAUAGUGAACUACUGCUCCCCUCUCUAUUUUGCCAAUGCAGAGAUAUUCAGACAAAAAGUCAUCAAAAAGACUGGAUUGGACCCAAGUAAACUUCUCUUAGCCAGGAAGAAGUUUCUGAAGAAGCAGCAGAAGGAGUUAGAAGGGCAAAACAAGAAGACCAAGAAGAAGAAGCCCUGCUCUUUGGUAACCAUGAAGUCUCAGACCAUAUCACAGAUAGAGCUUCAGAAUGACUUUGACAUUGGUGACAGCAAUCCUUACCCGCCACCAUCACCAACCAACUAUGUCAACUUCCACUGUAGUGACAUUGAGCUGGGCGAGCAGCCUCCUGACCCAGACCAACCAAGUUCCUCCCCUGUUACCCUGGACUCUCAACCCAGGCCCUUCCACACCCUCAUCCUGGACCUGGCAGGGGUCUGCUUCAUAGACCUCAUGGGAAUCAAAGUACUCAUCAAGAUGAACUCAAGCUAUGAGAUGCUGGGGAUCAAGCUUUACUUGGCCAAUGUUCAAGCACAGGUGUACGAGGAGCUGGAGGGGGGAGGGGUGUUUGAGGAGGGCAAUAUCGCCCAAGGUCACCUCUUCCUCUCCGUCCAUGACGCCAUCCUCUGUGCCCAACAGAGGUCAAGAAACACCGAAACCUCUGAAAAGACAGAGAAAGAGAGGAAGGAGCUGGUCCUCUAUAUUCAGGAGGAUGAGGAGAGGGAUCUGGAGCAGGAACUGUUUUGAACAUGGGAUUUUUUACUACUGAAUGUAUGGAGAGUGUAUGAAAAGAAUGAAGAUCUAGGAAAAUGUUCAUUUAGGUUGAUAAUAAACCAAACAAAAAAGUGUUGUCUGAACAGUCCAUUUCUGCAUCUCAACGAUUGUGUGUUGUGCAAAUAGUUCUUAGAUGAUCUCAAAAAUCAUGAUAAUAAGCACGUGACAGUCUAUACUGUAAAAAAUAUCUGUAGUGACUGAACAGCUGGUCUCACUAUUCAGGUUUCCAUCCAACCUUUGUCAUGUGAGUAAAAGCGCACGUCAGAUAAAAACAUGUCAUGAUAGGCCCAAUGGAAACUUUCCAAAUGUCGACAAAAAACAAAAUACUCUAGACAAGGUGGGAUAUUAAUUAUGCAAUAAAUGUUGGCGGAAACGCU